UUCAGGUCAUGGCAAGGUCGAGAGCGUGGAAUGUCCUUGAGGGCUCAUGGAAACUUUUACCCAAAAUCAUCAAUGGUGGUAUUGCUGGAAUUAUUGGUGUAACAUGUGUAUUUCCAAUCGAUCUAGUGAAAACGAGGCUGCAGAACCAACAAGUUGGACCAAAAGGAGAAAAAAUGUACUUUUCCAUGUUAGAUUGUUUUCGCAAAACAUAUGCAAGAGAAGGUUUUUUUGGCAUGUAUAGGGGAUCAGCUGUUAAUAUUUUACUUAUUACACCAGAAAAGGCUAUCAAACUUGCUGCAAACGAUUUUUUUCGGCAUCAUCUUUCAUCUGGCUCCGGUAAGCUAUCACUGCAAAGAGAAAUGAUUGCUGGUGGAUCUGCAGGAUUUUGUCAAAUAAUUGUCACAACUCCUAUGGAACUUCUCAAAAUACAACUACAAGAUGCAGGAAGAGUUGCCACUAAAAGUGCUGCUGAAGGAGGAACUGUUGUCAGCACAUCAGCUACUUCCAUAGCUUUGCAGCUUCUUCGCUCAAGGGGUAUAGCUGGAUUGUAUAAAGGAACAGCAGCUACCAUGUUACGUGAUGUUAAUUUUUCUAUUGUGUAUUUUCCAUUGUUUGCACAUUUGAAUGCUCUGGGGCCUCGAAAAAAAGACGGAAGUGGAGAAGCAGUGUUUUGGACAUCAUUUCUAGCAGGUUGCGUAGCUGGUUCUACUGCAGCAUUUACUGUUAAUCCAUUUGAUGUUGUUAAAACAAGACUGCAACUUUUGAAGAAAGCUAGUGGUGAAAUGACCUACUCAGGAAUUCCAGAUGCUUUUAUCAAAAUCUUCAAAACAGAAGGUUUUCAAGCUUUUUUUAAAGGAGCUGGUUGCCGGAUGAUUGUAAUCGCACCUUUGUUUGGAAUUGCACAAACCGUUUAUUAUUGGGGUGUGGCAGAAUGGUUGUUAGGCAAAAAGAAGAGUGAUGAUUCAGGAAACUAACGGUUUGCUGAAGAAGCAAAGUCAUUAGAACUGUCACCAAUACCAAGCGUUUACUGUGAUGCACCAAAUGUUAAUCUCUAACACAAAGAAAGAGAGAAAUUAUUUAUCUGAAAAAGGAAUAUUUGUUCUCAAUUCUGCUGCAAGUCCAUGCAAAUAGUACAAAUAUUUACUGCACAUCAGGUAAAUAAAUGCAUGUCACUUGAAUGCAGAAAUCUAUUACUGAACUAAAAUGUCUGAAAUCUGGAUUAUUUAUAUGUAUGCUUAUUUCAUAGGGAAAAAAAAAAAAAAACUGCUGCAUACUGUCUAUUAGCAUGCAAGAUAUUCUGUUUAUAUUUGUAGAACAGGUUAUAAAUUUACUCAUUAAUAUAAUCAUGAAAAAUAUGUACUGUAGUGAAAAUUGUAAAAAUUUUUAAGGAAUCAUUUCUUUAUAUUCUGCAUUUAAAAACAUUUAUUUUUAAUAAAAUAAAGCAUAUAACUUCAUUUUACAAUUUUUUUUUUUAUGUUGUGCCAUUUUUGUGAAUGACUUUUUCAGUGAUAAUUUGCCAAGUAUUUUUUACUGAAUUUAAAUUUGUAGAAAUUCUUAUACAAAAACUGUAUUCAUGUAUUUUAACAUCAUUCAUAUUUACAUUCAUGAUAUGAAGUUGCUGUUAUUUUUGUUACAAAACUGCAUAAAAAUUUCUAUUGAGAAAAUCUGAAUUAAAUGCAUCUAAAAUUGUGCCACAUGAAAGAUGUUAAAUUUACUGAAAAAUUAAAGUGUCUUAUUUUCAUGAUCAAUUUUAGGUAUUUAUAAAUAUGCCUUUAAAUGAGCUUUAUUAAAAAUGGAAUAAAAAAAUCUAACUCCUAAUUUUUAGACAAUCUCAAGUUUACUCAGACUUUCAUAAAUGAAUAGUCAGUCACUAAGAAGUUUAAAGCAACAAGUGCACUGUCAUGGAAUGAAUGAAAAUUAAAAUAGGAUAUUUUUUAAACAUAAAAAGAUUUUAAAAUAUAGCGUAUUCUUUUUAAAUAUAUAUUUCAUUAUUUUAAAUCAUACAUUAUGUUCAUGAACUUCUCAAGAUUAUUUAACCUUUUUUGUUUAUGGAUUCCAUAUAUUGUACAAUUAUAUUGCUUUCUCUGAUAAUGCACAUUUUUUUAAACAGACACAGAAAACAAUCUUUAAUUCUCAUAUGGCUAUGGUGCUCAGACAUUCCAGUAAUAAAAGUUAAUAUCUAUGUAGUAUUGUGGGUGUUAAAUUUUAUAGAAAAUAAGGUAAGGUAAAUGUCCACUUUAUUCACUUUUGUUGAUAAACUGUAUCACUCUGGCACUUGCCAAGAGAGAUUAAAAUUAGCCAUUUCUUUGUGAUACAAGAGCCAUAAGUGUUCUUAUUGUUAUGUAAAUCUAUUGUACAACUGUUGUGUGCAUAGUUUAAAAAUAAAUUGUAUACUGAUUUCUUGUCAGUUCUCUAUUCAA